GAUAGGAUGGUGAGAGAGGAGGGCCUGAGAAUCCAGCCCCAGGCCUGAGUUUUCCUCCUCUCGCCUUUGCUCAAUCACAAAACAUUUUGCAACAGUCAAACGUUUCCAAAUGCCACCUAGUGGCUGUUAUAGGUAUUUACACAGAUUGGUUGUGCACCGUUUACUGCGGAUUUUGUGAAAUAUGCCUCAGCUGAACUUCAUAAAGAGGAAAAUCACCUUGUAAAUUCUAGUUUGUUAUCAGCAAUUGUUUGAUUUUUUUAUAUCGAUGCUUGGGGUCACGUAAACAUUUCUUCUGGCCGAAAGGGGGCUGUGAGCAGGAAAGGUUUUCAGAAACUAGUUAACGGGUAACUUAGUAGUGAAGCAAACGACAUUGUGAUCAAACAAUUCCUACUCCGUCUGUUUCCCGUCUGUAGCCUGACAUUGAAAACAGAUCACCUCUUGCUUUGCUCAGAAGUCCAUCCCUGUUUCUCCAAGAAGCAAUGAUAGCAAAGACCUUCUCCUUGGCUCCUUUCUGGGGUCCCUCCCUGGUCUCUCUGAAGAUACUUUGCAUGUUUCACGCUUCUCUUCCCUCUGCUUUAGAUUGAACUCCAAGGAGACAAGAUGGAGAUGGCAAGAGAGAAAUAUCGUUUGGCCCAGGAGCAGAACAAGCAGCUGGUCCUCAAGCUGGAAGAAGUGGAGAGGAAACUUGAAGCAACAAGCAGCCAGAACAUUGAGUUCCUGCAGGUUAUUGCCAAGCGUGAGGAGUCGAUCCAUCAGUCCCAGCUGCGCCUGGAGGAGAAGACCCGGGAAUGCGGCUCUUUGGCCCGUCAGCUGGAGAUGGCCAUUGACGAUGCCAAGAGGCAGUUGGAGCAGGCGAGGGAGCGGGCGGCGACAAGGGAACGAACAGCCCAGUCUAAAAUAUUGGAUUUGGAGACUCAGCUGAGCAGGACCAAGACAGAGUUGAAUCAGAUGCGGCGGACCAAGGAUGAUGCCGAACAUCGGUACCAAAGCCGCCUCCAAGACUUGAAGGACCGCCUCGAACAGUCUGAGAGCACCAACCGCAGCAUGCAGAACUACGUCCAGUUCCUGAAGUCCUCGUACGCCAACGUCUUUGGAGACAGUGCCUUAACCAGUUCCCCCAUCCGCCCUCGAUCUCCCCUGUGACCAAACCAUUGCCCUUGCUGUUGGGUUUGUGUGUGUGUGUGCGUUUCAAAGCCAUAUCCAACUCCACAAUCUGUCAGAGUAACCAAUUUCCUUACUACCGGAAUGGAGCUGGCCACCACUCGGGGCAAAUUAUAUCCUCCCUAUUCUUCUAGUGCCUUACACAAGAUUUUUUAUUAUUAUUUCCUACUUAUGUGUGUUUGGCAUAAGUGUGCUUGUGUCACAAUUCCACGAGGUUUAAAGAUCAUGUUUUAACCAACUUUUGGAAGAGGUGUGGACAUAUUCAAGGCUGUAUGUCAGGUAUAGGAGGGAAGGGCGGCCAUUUGUUUACCUUUUUUAAAUAUUUGUAGCUGUUCUGCCCAUAACAAGACCCAUAACCCAUCGCAAGUGAAGGGAUGCACGUAACGGCAGAGUAUCUUCCUUUUCAUGGGAUCCACAGUUUGAGACUUACAUAUUCUAAAUUAUUUACUUUCUUUGUAUGCGUGACGUAGUGUUGAUUAAUGGGAUUUUAGUUGUCGGGUAUCCAUUUAAUGGUUUUGUUUGCACCCUAAUAUGUGUGUCUGUGUGACCUUUCUUCUGGGAUGAUCCUUUCCACGUGCCAAAUCUUCAUUCUAAAGCAGAUCCAGAGUUGGGUUUCCACACUCUCUUCUUGCGAGGUUUUGGAAGAAUAGAUUGUUCGUGGAAAAUCGCAAUCGUCUUCCCAAAUAUUGGUUGCUUUCAUCCUAAAUACGUGGUUGCAGGGAGGGGACAAAUCAGCCAACUGAUUGCUGUGGAGACUUAAAAAAAUAUGUAUAUAGGUUAGACCUAUAUGUGAUUUUUUAAAGACUGCUGCAAUAAAAUAAUUUUUUUGAAAGAAAA